GCCGGGGUAAGGGUAAGGAGUUGUGGCUGUCAUCAGAUGUUUUCGGGUCGUUGCCGCCGUAACAGAGAGGACAUUGAAGGACGAGCACAUCUUCGGCCGUUAUGAAAAUGUACGGAAAGCUUGCUAGUUGGGGCUGUACGGUGGUGCUGACAAACGGAUGGAACGGAUGGAUGAAUGGGCAGUCAGGCGGCUGAGAGGCAAAGUGUCUGUGUGCUCCGACGUUAUGCAAGUUUACAUACGAUAUGCACUGACUGACGAAUUGCUUAGCAGAUAAAGGCAUAAACAGAUAAACGGACAUUGUAGUUGACAGGAAGACCGCGGUUAUAUACUUUUAUUGUUUCAAAACAAUAACCAACAACAAGAACAGUACAAAAAACUAAUAAAAUAACGGUAUAUACAUGAAUGUGUGUACAGUGACACAGGCUACGACUGCUGCAAUGUUGGCUGGUGCGGGCGUUAUGCCCAAAAUAAUUGUUUGUGGUUGCGGGUUUUGAUUAACACGAGCGUUAUGGAGCUUCCACAGCCAAAGUUUCGACGCUACGUGGCAGUGGUUUGACUCACAAACCAUACACAUAUUUAUACAUAUAUCAUAUACAUAUACCAUAUACGCAUACAUAAGUAUUGGUAUGGAUCUAGCCACAGACUUUCAAGGCAGAAGGCAGUUAGAGGCUAGAAGAGUGCGCGACAAACAGAAGAGGUCAAACAUUAAGAGGUGGGUGGUGGUCGGUUGUUUGAUUGUACGGGCGCCUACACCUACAAGCUGUUAACAGACGAUGCUGUCUGUCGUCAAUUUGACAUAGCAUUCGGCGCUGUUCGUGCCUUCGGUUUGCCUCUGUCAGCACCAGGACGAGAGUGUACAAUGGUUUACUUCAUCGCCUGUUUGGAUAACUGGCUGGUUGGUACUGACUUACUGCUGCUACUGUCAGUUGAGUUUCGACAGUACGUGUAUACAGAGGUGCGUCUAACGUUGUGACCGUUACGAUACAUUUGAAACGCGCGUCUGUUUGGCCGCCUGCCUGUCUCACUGAAUGUCUAGUCUUGUUGUCGUUGUCGUUAUCGACGUCGAUUUUCGUCUUUUUUGCCUUUCGCCUCUUUCAUGAAGGAAACGCUACGCUGUAGAUCGCGCGCUUGUGCUUAAGUGUUUAUGUUUGUGCGUGUUUAUGUCAAGUUGUAUGUGUGUGUUUUAUGCGAGCGGAAAAUUUCUAACAACACACUUGCGCUAACUUCGUUUGUCGGAAUAGAACGACAACCAUAAACGAUAAUAAGAGUGGCAAUAACAACUAACAGCAAAAAUCAUAAAAACACACAAAAAGAACAAACAAAAAAGUGAGCUACAAAAAAAGUGGUAGAAAACGAAAGGAAGCUGAGAAUAUCAAAUUAAAAAGUUUUCUACAAAUUCACACUUCAUCACCUUUACGACUAGCCACCUAAACGACCAGCCACUGAGGCGUAUACUUGUUCAAACUGUGUGCUACACGUUGCACUAAAGAAACUUUAAACUAUUUCGCCGCAGUAGGACGCUAUUGUCUGUUGGUGGUGGCCAAACACCAACUACCAACUACGCUGCCAACACAGGCGGAAGACCUGCCUCAGGCAUCCACAGCGUUUCAAUUCAUUCUGAGUCUACAUUGCAAUAACGCUGUAAUAAUCGACAUCGUUACGAAGCGCUACUGUCUACGAGGACGGCGUUGAGGCAAAGCCUUUAAUUGACGACGAACAGCGGUUGGAGCAGCAGCAGCAACAACAAGCCAGGCGGACGAACGACCGUACGAACAGUUUGCAGAAAAGGCGUCACCGUGCUUGCCACACUCAGUGCGAGGCAGCCGCAGUGACAAGAACACAAGGCAACCACGAAAAAAGGAAAAAACGAAGCAGAACCAGCAGAGUCAAAGUUAACAUCAGAAGCAGUGGUAGAAUCUAGUAGCAACACUGUCCGUGGCAUUAAGUGUCAACAACAAAGAGCUAGCUAGCAAAUUAAAAUAGCAGACAACAGCGCCAACGAACUAUCAGUGGUAGCAGCCAGUCGCUUAGCCAGCAGAAGACGAGGCUGGCGUCGACCACUACCGUUUUGACCACUGAUAAGAGCGAACGACGAGCAGCAGCGGGCAGCCAGCAACACGGAGCAAAGGCGCACAGUAGUUUAAGGAAGACGGGACCAAAAAAAACAGUAGCGCUACACUAUCAGACGACUGUCUCUGAUGCAUACACUAGUGUGGGCUUAAAGCGCUCGAAUAAAAAGUGAAAAUAAAAGAAGAAGCGUGCACUUGACGUACCGUUUAAUAAUUAAGCGCGUUUUCGCUAAAGCCUUUCCAUUAUUUUCGUGUUAUUGCUUUCACUGCGCCACAUUUUUUGAGUGACAUUUCAGUGAUAAACGAGCAUUUCAUUAUCAGUCUUCAUUAACAGCCUUCACAGCAGAUUUGUAGUUGUACUUCCGCAAACGAAGUUGCCAACAAAAGUGUUGUUCGCAGAGAAGUCAGCCAAGAAAAAAAUUCUGUUUUUUUUUCGUAAUUCAUAUAAAAGGCAGCAACUACCCGCACGCGAGCGGAUAGCAGCGUCAUUGUCGUCUCUGAUUUACUAACCGUGACAUCAUUUGCGCACAAAGCAACUCUAAUUUUUAUAAUAAUUCCAACCUCAAAAAUAUAUACAUAAAUAAAAACAAAAAUUAAAAACGAAAUUAGUGAAACGCGACAAUUAUUUUUUAAAGAAUUUUACAUAAAAAAUCCGACAAAUUAUCAGCGUUAAAAUAAAAUGCAACAUUUUCUAAGCUGAGGAAAUUUUUAAGUGAGCGUCGAUACAAUUCCAUUCGAAUUUGAAAAACGAGGGACUAGCAAAUAAUAAACGAAACGCCUGAAAGUAGACAUUAAAGCUGCCAAAGAUGUUCUCCAUGUGUUCGAAAGUGAAGCCACGAAACUCAACAGUGAAUACACAACAACCAACGGGCACAGUUGGGAAACAGAUCAAAGGAGGAUACUUGUUGCGUUACAAAAAGCAAUUGCUGUGGAAUCGCUGGGCCGAGGAAUGGGUCGUGCUGUAUGAUGAUUCAACAAUGGCUUGGUUUACGGAACCUGGCCGGUCAUCGCCAGCUGGUAAAAUUCUAGUAAAGGAAGCGCCUGAAAUGCUGGCCAUUGCACACUGGACUGGGCAAAUACCGCGACGUCCACCACUACCCGAAGGCUGUAGUGUGUCACAGCUGAUUGCGUUGGGCUCAAGAAGAAAGCGCUCCAAGGUCUACUGGAUGUUGGCCAAAUCGGAACAGGAAGUGAGCGACUGGGUUGACGCCAUUACUAAGACGCUGCCGCCACCACCACAAAUUGAGCUCGUAGUUGACAAGCCGCAUCUUAUGAAUGUCUUACGUCGGCCACUGGUGCGCAUCCGACCGGCCACUACGUCGGAGGUGAAACAGCGUAAAGUUUCGGCGCACAGAAGCAGCAGCGCUCAUCCGGCUUUGGCCCACCAUCGCACGUUCUACGUACAGGAUCCGUUGGUAAAGAGCGAUGCCGCCGUUGCCAUAUUAAGUAAAAAGCCCGAUUCAAAGCCGGCUUUGGCCUGCGCAUUGCCCUGGGGACAUGGUUGGGGAUGGGCCACUUUGCCGAAUGGUGUUUGGAGUGGCGGUCUCACUUGGUCGCAGUGUGAGGACACUUUUACCCUACACGCACUGCCCACCACGCACUGCACCAAUCUUGUGGACACGUCAUGUAGUGGCGCCGUAUACCACACCGACAUCGGCGGCUUCGAUUUCCAUUCGACUGGCGUGGAAGAUCUCGGCGGUGAGGACUUCGACUAUGCCAUGGAUUGUGGGGAUUUCAUAUUUUAAGCGCGAACACUACCAGGCAGUAGAGCAGGAAGAAAAUGAACGACAUUAAGAGGAAGAAAAGAAAGAUAAGAAAUUCAACAAAAAAAUAAGAACAAAAAACAUUUUAACUGAAAAAAUAUAACCACCCCACCCUAGAAACGAGUGCAAAGGCACUUGAACGCUUAUAAGUUAAAUAACAAAAACAAAAUAAGAAAAUGAAUACAGUCAAAAACUAGUUUAAUUAGCAGGAGCUCUACAGAAAAGCAAAAUAAUGGACUCACCUUCUAGUACUUUGGAAUAAAUUUUCACUUUUUCGCUGCACCCGAGUCUUAAACGAGAAACGAGCCAAACUGCGAAAAAUUAAGAGAAAAUUUAAAUGUAAAAAAAAAUAAAAAAAAGAUCUAUAGAAAUAUUGAAUUAUGUACAUGUUAACUAAUAUUACGGGUAAUACGAGAACGAAUUUUCAGUUGGGUUCUCAACUGCGUGACAAUUUAGAGUUUUUGCAUUUUAUAAACGCCUUCGUUCAAACGAAUCGACCUGUGAGUGGAAUGACAGAAUGGAUAAAAAUUACUAGCCAAAGAUAUAAUAAAAACAAAAACAAACAAAUAAGCAAAAUAAUAACAAAAAUAUGAGUAUUCCAAUGGAUUUCAAAAGAUGCCAAAUUUUUGUAAGACGCCACAAAAACAGCGCAGCAGGGAAAACACUGACCCACAUUUAGGCGCCGGGUGCACCUAAGGGACGGGUAGCUGGGAAUUAGUAUUACUUAUGUGUAUAUUGUAGGGAUGUUUACACACGACGUCGUCAAUAGUUGUAGUUGAAAUUUAACCAAUCAUAGCGCAUAUUAAAAGAAAAAUGAAACAGAAAUAGAAACAAAAAUUAAAAACCUGACACAAAAACAAAUAUAUAAAGUAAAACAAAAAAAAAAAGUAUAAAAAAGUAGUGGUAAAUUGAAAAAAGAGAUCUAGCAUUUUCAGCUGAUAAAAAAGUUUAUUUUUAUGUGUAUAUGUACGUAUGUAUGUGUGAAGCAACAUAAUAGGAGACGCAAAGAAUUUAGAAAUCAUAGUCAAGUUUUGAAAACAUAAAAUUAAAACAAAAAAAAAACGCUAAACAAUAUAACAUGGUAUAUUUUAAGAUUACCAAAACAGCAAACACAAAACGAAAUAAAUAAAAAACACACCCAUAGACACAAAAGUACUCAUUGAUCUGCCAAAUAGUUUUGAAAGAUAUUAAAAGUAGGUAUUGUAUUGAAAUUAAAGAUGUAUUAAAUAAAAAAAUAAAAAGUAAUGAACAAAAUAACAAGAACAAGGAAUCGUUGUACACAAGGAAACGCCACCAAGCAACAAUGCGAAACACGAGCAACAUUUAAUUGACAAUGCAAAGUUUUUUGAAAUGCCGAAUUGAUUAUAGAUUUUUUAAAUGAUUUUUCGAUUUUUUACUGUUUUUACGUAACGAGAGAUAAAAUUAUUAAAAAAAUAAUAAUAAUUAAUUAGUAAGAAAAAAGUAGUUUUAGCGAAAAAACUAGGCAAACCACGAGCAACAUGCUGGCAAUGUUCUCCGUUAAAUUAAAACAACAAUUGUCAAAUUUAUAUAGUAUAUAGCGAUACACUUGUCGAGCAAAAUAAGAAAAGAAAAACCAACAACAAAAAAAAAAUAAACAAAUGUUUGUAUGUAGCAACAAAAAAAGAAAAAAUAUAGAUUAUUAAAAAUUUCAAGCGUACGGCAUGAAAAGCGAAAAAAUAAAUGUCAACAAUAUUUUAUGUGGGGUUAAAGAAAAAACAAUGAAACAAAUUACUACAAUAAUUUAAGCAAAAUACAACGGGACGGAAAAGAAACACAAAGCAAAUACAAAUUCAGUCACAAACCAGUGUUGCAUUGCACUCGAAAAAAAAUAUUUUCCAGUUACAGUUACACUCAAGUAGAAACCAGCCAAUCAACUAAACUUUCAAAUAAUGACAGCAAAAGAGUAUUCUAAAUACUAUGUUAGGGAGAAAGAAAAAGUAUGUGUGAAGCAUGUUUCUUUAUUGGUUGGCAGCUGAUGAUCACCCGCAACAAGUGUUCCUUCCGAAAAACCUCAACAGCACCAACAACAGUAAUUCAUAAUGCUCUAUGAUAUUAUAAGACUUUCACUAAAGUAUAGAAUGAGAGAGAGAAAUAAUAUUCGAUUUAACACGGAGAUCCUUUAAUGUUAAACUAGAACAGGUCUAAUGCAAAAUGUAUGGGUUUCACACAGAAAACAGUUUUAGUAAAUCUUAAAAAUUUUAAAAUUUGCAACAAAACUGGAAAUGACUAGAAAUACAAGAACAACCGAUAUAUUUUUGACCCUAACAUUUUUAUUAUUCCAAAAAAAUUACGGAUGAGGUAAGGUGUAUAAAAUUUCAAAUUUUAGUUUUUGCUCAUGUCUAUGAGCUAUAGUCUUUGGCUAUCACUUGUAAGUUUUUGUUAAAAAAAAAUUUUUUGUGAUUUUUAGGUGACGCUUCUCUGAAGGUUUGCAAAAGAAAGUUUUAUAAAAUGCCAAUUUUUUCCCUUGUUCAAGGUGAGUCAAUUGGUUCACAUAUAGCCAUUUCAAAAUCAAAUCGGACAAGAAUUGUGUUUGAAGAAUUGCAAGUCAUAUUCCUACUAUCUCAUUUUCUGAAAAAAAUUCCAAAUUGGUAGAGAAAAGAUUUUUUUAUUAAAGAGAUAUUGUAAUAUAAAUAUAAUUUUUUCAGUUUAUAGAUCGCUCUAGGUUAAUUUGAUCCCAUAUUUAUUUUAAGUACUGGUCUUUGGGUAAUAUUCCCCGUCUAAAUAAUUAUCGUGAUAAGACCAUAUAGUCACGUGCUAGUAAGGUAGGCCAGUAUCUUGCUAGCACAAUACACUACUUCCAACAACUUUGAAAACAGACUUCUCCGAUUCCUUCCCUACAAUAUUAUGAACCAUCAGAACGAACCCAAUACGACGUUUUUCCUAAAAAUAAGUCUCAAAUUAAUAGGUAUUAAUAACCUCGGCAAAUGUCUUUUAAUAGAAAGUCUAUUUCCAUCUAAAAAUUUGACAGCAAAAGUGAUAUGACAAAUGUCAGCAUUUUUUUCUGAACCACUGUAAAUUGGCAGUGCGACUUUUUCACACGUAUGUAUAUGUAAAUUUUCCUGGUUACCUGACCUACAUACAUUCGUGGAAAACAUUUGGCGUACACUCUCGUUGGCCUUUCACCGCGGAGAUGUGCUUGUGUAUUUGUAUAGAUUGUACAAUAUAUGUCAAUCAAACCUUGAAACAAACUCAUAGGUAUUAUAAAUAAAAACACGAUACAUAAAUGAUAUAUAUAAAUAUGGGUAUAAAUAUGUACCUAUGUAUGUGUGAUAUGUAUCUUAUGAAAAAAUACAAAUGCCAAAAAAUGGAAAACUAGUAUUUACACUGAAUUAAAGCCAAAUAUCCCACAUUGAAGGAUUCAUCAGCGAUUUGUGAAAUUUACACUACUGAAGAUUAAUAUAUGUACAUAGAUAUGUAUAUGAUAAAGUAAUCAAAAAAAGAAAAGUGAAAAUAAUGCAAAAGUGAUAAGAAUUCAAAGAACCAUUUCAUUUUUGACAUACCCAUGCUAUUACCCUAAUCAGCGGUCUUCACUCCGUAAAACUAAAUGACAGUCGCAGUCAAACAUAUGAAAACGGUUGUCAUUAUAAUUAUCUGGGCAUUUUUUGUAACACUUUUGAAUUGAAUUUGUGAUCUGCAUAUUAAAAUUCUUGUCAUAACAUCAUCUGAUCAUAAUUUGUCAAGUCAAUUUAAACGGAUUUUAAAAUCGUCGAAUAUUGAAUGAAUAAUUAAUAUUUUAAUUCACAACGAAUGUCUGCUGUGUGAAAGCACGGCACAGCGUUUUUCUUGUAGUAUCCUUUCAGCGUUUGAUUUCUUUCUUUUUCGUAAGCAUCGAUGAAACAAUUGUUACAUAAUUUGGGAACUUGAAACUGGAUUCGCGUUGUUUUAACUUUAUGGCAUCCAUUUUUUAGACAUAGUAAUUAAAUAAUUUCCGUUUAGCCAUAAACUUCAGUAAAUUUUCAAAGCACGUAAAUUAUUCUUGAAAAUUCAACAAGCAAUAGGAAUAUGAAAUCUAAGUAUAGUCGAACAUAUUGAGUAGCAGGCUACUUCUCGGCCUGUGUGACAUCUAUAAAAAAAUAUAUAAUUUUUUUAAUAGCGGUCGUUCUCAGCAGACAAGAAAUCAAAGCAAUAAAUUGCAAUGUUGAGUUAUAGAAGAAGGUAAAAAAAACUGUGACUUCGGCGCUGGUAAGCAGGGAAGCAUAACACCAUACAACAGAGUGAAUACACAAUUACACAAAUUUAAGUUGAGUUCGACGAGAAUUCAAUAAUUUUCCGAGAUACCAAGUCAUUUGUAAGUGAAAAUAAAUUUUGAAUUAAUUUUCAUACAUUGAAGUGAUGACAAAAUGCGGAAGAACGGUUAAUGUGAAACCCCCUUUUACACAUAUGAAAACUUUAUAAGCAUGUACUUGUAUUCAUAGCACGGCCCGUUCCUGGACUAACUUUUGAUCCCACAGUAUGUGUGUACGUAUGCACUCGUAUUUACAUUGGUAGACUACAAGACUUAAGCAAUUGUCGCAGUGACAUUAAAAUAAUAUGUAUGUUUAUGUAUGAAGUACGCAUUGUUUGGCUUUAUAUGCACUGCAUAUAUACAUACAAAUACAAGUUAUAUUCGUAUAGGAAAUAAUAAAAGAAAAAAAGGUUAAAAAAAAUAUUGAUGAAAAUAUAAUCGAACAAUAAUGCAAAAAGAAUGAAUAGCAAUGCCAAAAAGCAGCAAAAUGCAAUGUUAAUGAAACAAAAACAAAAACAAGAAACGCUUUGAAUAUAUGUAUUGUAUUUGUCGAAAAGGGUGUUGGUAUUUUAAUUUUUCAAUGUGAAAUGUGUCUUAGAAAAUGCAAAGUUUGCCACUAUAGAUUGGAAAUGUAUGUGUGUACGUGUAAAAUUUAAAUUAUAAGAGAAAUAAAAUAAAAAAUAAAUUAAUUAAACAAUUAGUGUGUGGAAACAGCUAAAACUGCACACGCGAAGAGCACAGUCGUUGAAUGUCGGCGCCAGAAAACCAAAAAUUCAAAAAGUAAAAAUCAAUUUUCAAAAAAAAUAUAUUAAUUAAAAAGUUUUUGGACAUAUGUAACUGCAAAAAUGGCAUUUAUGGAAAAGUAAAAAAAAUAAUACCGGCAAUUUUUAGCUCAGUUGAAAAAGGCGCUGACGUAAUAUUUUAACCACAUUUACAACUGACGUAAGUGUAAAUGUAAUUUCGAAAACUCAAUUGACCUCCGACAAUCAUCAUAUGAUAUCUCAUCGAAUUCGGAAACUACUUUUCUACUUGCAUUUAUUUAUUUGAAUUUAUAUAUUCUUUGUUGUAACUUUGAUUAUUUGCAGACUUUUUUCGUUAAAUAUAGAUAUUAUAUAAAGUAUUAGAAAAAUUAAAAAUUUCAAAAAUAUAUUGAGAUUUUUUGUUUGAUUUUCGAAUUACAUUAUAAGAAUGCGAUCUUUAUAACACAUAAGGCGUGAUUCAGAUUGUGUAAAAGUGUUAUUAUCGUAAAUUUUUAAAUAAGUUUAAGGAAUUUUGGCAAUCAAGACAUGAAUAGUCAGCGAUAUUUUCUGGUAGUGAAGGCUAUUCUCCUCAAAGACGUGUCAAACCUGGUCUUAAUUAAUGUACUGAAUCUUUAACUUAAUAGAUGUUUCACAUAGCCCAUUAAUUAAGUCAAUUAACAAUAUUCCAUAUACAUAUUCCAUCAAGUUUAAGCAAGUUCAAAAAAACCGUUUUUUGCGAUUAUUUUUUAAAUUAAUCCAUAAAAGUAAAGUUCAUUUACAGAAAUUAAGUUUGGUUUCCCUUGAUCCCGUAGCCGUUCUCCAGAAUGAUUUCCGAAAGAAGAUGUAAAAGCAUAUUAUUAGAAUUUUUGGUUUUUGACAAAAUGUCGGCUCUCCAAAUAAAGUAGUUUUUUUUGUGAAAGAAUCGAAAUUAUUAUCAAAUUUUAUUUCUUCGAUCAUUACCUGAAAAAUAUAUCUAAGAAGCUUGUACACAAAUUUCAAAUCGAUCGGUCCGUUUCGGAGAAUUUUCUCUCACCGACUCUGGUAACAGUGUUUCGAGAAACACAUGUUUAAAGUUUGGAAAAACUCUUACAAAUAAGCUUAUUUCUUCGAAACUAUUUGCCGGACCAAUUUUCAAAUGUAUUCGCAUUCGAAAUAUAUGAAAUAUAAAAAAACGAUUUUUCGAAAUUCACAAGUGAAUGCAAUUUCUUAAACACGGCAAUUAACUGAGACAAUGCAUGCAUAAAUUGGCUAAAUUAAACAUUAAAAUAUAGAAAUUUUCUCAAUCAUCGAAUCAGCAAUGGGUUUGGAUGUGGUAUUAGUUGAGAUAAUUUGCUUGUUGACUAAAUUAAGGGCUGUCGGAAACGCUUUUAAGGUUAAAUAUAUUAUCUUAUUAUAUAAACUUAAAUCGAAUUAAGUGUUGCAGGAAAAGUCAGAAAUCAACCAAAAAAUAAUUUUUAUUUAUUUUAUUUUUUGAACCUUUUCAUCUUUCUGUUAGAAUGCUCGCGGGUAAAUUGUUUCUAUUUAAAGUUAAUAUUAAAUACGACAAAUUUUGCUAAUUUUUUAUUAAUUUAAAUUAAUUUGAAUAUUUUUCUUUUUUUUCGCUUAUAUAUUUACUUUAUUUUUUUGUUAUCAAAGAAAUUAUUAAUAUUUUUUAAAGUUCAUAUUCAUUAAUGAAGUCUUCGAUAACAUUUACAUACACACAUGUAAUUGUGUAACAUAACGUAGUUAGAUGUAUAGAAUGUACAAUACAUAAGCACAAUUAGAUUUACAUAUGUAGUCAAAAUAAAAAAAAAUCAUUUGCAAAUGAAAAAAAGCGCUAACACAACAAAGUCCAUGGAAUCGUUAAAAACGCGAAAAUCAUAUACACACACACUCAAAAGUUCAAAAGUACAUACCACAUAUAUAUGUAUGUAUAUGUAAAAGAAAAACAGCAACAAAUUACAAUAUAUGUAUAUUAAAAAAAAACAUAAUUAAUUAACAAAAAAUGAAACGAGUUAAGAAUUUUUCGAAAAUAGCGGCUAAUAAAAAUUAACUGACGCGAAGACUACAAAUUUUCGAGAUUUUAAAUAUUUUCGUAAUUGAUUGAAAAAUAGGUUUCUAGUAUUUUAAGCGAAAUUACGAAAUAUAAACUGCAAUUUCAUAUUUUAAUGCACACACACACAGGCACGCAUACAUCUUGUAUGUAUGUCUGUCGGUAUUUAUAAAUUUCACGCGUUCCCUGAAAGUCUUCGAGCGAACGCAUUUGCUAGCCGAUUAGUAAAAUAAACGCUCAACAUUUUGAACCAAACAACCAGCAUAUGAGUUUAAGAUAAAGAAGAAGAAGAAGCAGAAGAGGAAGAAAAGAAAACCAUAUAAGACAUGUUAUAAUACACAGCAACAUAUGUAGCAUAAUUAUUGCAUGUACUGUGUAUGUUUGUAUGUAAUAGCGAAAGCGUGUAGUAGUGUAGGCAAAUUGAAUAAAAAAGUUAUAAUAAUAAAAAAAAAAAA